AUGUUGACGAGGAGGCUGGCAGGGGCACUCCCCAAUCUAUUCUUACAGCGGGCUGGCACGUCAGUGGGCAGUGCCUUUGCUCAUUGCUGUCGCGCUCAGUCUACGCUGGCUGAACCUUCGCCAACUUCAAGUGCUGCCCCAAUCAAGAAACCUUUGGUUCUGGAGUUGACUCCCCCGCUCAAGCAGUUCCGCAAUGACCCAAAACCGGAUAAGGACGUAGUCGUGCUCGACCCGACUGUCUUUGACCAUCCAAUACGCCGAGACAUUCUUCACCUAUGCGUCACCCACCACCUCGACUCUCUGCGGCAAGGCUCCGCCAACACCAAAACCCGUAGUGAAGUGAGAGGUUCCGGUAGAAAAAUUCGACCGCAGAAGGGUACUGGUCGUGCCCGUCUUGGUGACGGUCAAUCGCCUAUGCUUGUCGGCGGAGGUAUUGCGUUUGGCCCCAAACCAAGAGACUUCAGCACCAAGCUGCCCCGCAAGGUGAUCCAAAUGGGAAUGCGGGUCGCCCUUAGCGCCAAAGUGAAGGAGCGUCACUUGGGAGUUAUGUCCCGCCUGGACUGGCCCAACGGCAAGACCAAGCAUCUCCAGCAGAAGAUUGACCUUCUUGGGCUACGCAAGACCCUCUUCAUCACUGGCGAAAAUGAAGUAACAACCGGUCUCAAGCGGGCGAUCAACAUGCUGAAGUAUGCUGCUGCCGUCACAGUGGCCGAGGUCAACGUUUACGAGCUCCUGAAGUGGGAGCGAGUUAUUCUGGACCUCAAAGCUGUCGAAUAUUUUGAAACUACCCUCAAGAAGGAAGUCCCCCUCGCAUCUCUACCCGUUGUCGACGUCACACCGGAGCUCCUGCAAACAUCGGAGCAAGCUUCCGCUACCCCUUCUAUUAACGCCUAG